UAUCAUUUAAUUGUUAAAGUUAUACAGAUUUAAUAGUUAAAGGAGCGCUUUCAAAUUCACAAAUUGUAAUUAUACUAUAUCACCGUUUGCGAAACCGAAAGCGAAAAUAGCACAGACAUAAAUUCCUGAGGAAAGUUACCAGAAUGGCCUCUAAGAAACGAAGUGAUCCCGUUAUAGACUGGCAAUCCUUGGCUAGAACAAUUCACAAAGGUAUCGUUCAACUAAAACAGGAGGAUAGCUUCACAGAUUUCAUUGUCGAAGUCGGUAAUAAAUCAUUCCGUUGUCAUAAAGUAGUCCUUGCGUCGGUGUCGGACUACUUUAAAGCCAUGUUCAGCUCCGGUAUGAAAGAAACUGAACUAAGCAAAGCGGUUUUAGAUGACGUCAGCCCUGAAUCAUUUGAUACAAUUAUAAAAAUCUUGUACCCAGAAGGAAAUAUUAACCCGCUGGAAAAUCCAUCUGAGACUGACAUUUCGGAUUUACUGAAACUAGCGGGACGUUUUCAGAUGCCAUUUCUGCAUGAUAUUUGUCUGAAGUAUUAUGGCCGAACAAUGGCCGUGGGGAACUGCAUUAUGAGAUGGAAACUCGGGGAGGCUAUUAACUGCGACGAGUUGUCCGACUUAGGAUUUGGAUUCAUUAAGGAAAACUUUGAAGAAAUGGCCACUGACGACAUCCACGUGUCAAUGGAGUUUGACGACUUUCUGACUAUAAUCAAGGACGAGUCAAUGCAUGUGAAAAGAGAAGACAUUGUGUGGUCAGCAAUUCGGAAUUGGAUCAAAUUUGACUUAGAAAAAAGGCAGACCUAUAUCGCUGAACUGUUGAGAGAGUGUUGUUUGACAGAAAUUGACCCAGAUUUAUUUAUGGAGGAAAUAGUUUUUGAUCCAAUUGUAAGGCAAAGCGACAAGGCCUCCAGACUUCUUCAAGAUUCAUUGAAAUACAAACGGCACCCUGGUAUUCAUGGUGACAUUGAGCUCAAAUUUCGAGAGUGCCAUGAGAAAAGGCAAGUAACGCUUUUUCUUGUUAGAGAAGAUGAGCGCGCCGACAAUAUUGAUGCAGCCAGAAAAGAUUUGAAAGGUUUUGUGAUUUGUUCCGACAAUGCAAGGCGUAUCACCAUUGAUAGAUUUAUGGACAUUCAAAGUCGUUCCCUAGGAGGACUUUCAUAUUGUGUACAUGGGCAGUCUGUAUUCGUCUUGACUGGAAACAAGAUCCGUGGAAGCCAGCUUUGGGAAUAUGUUGGGGCAGACAACGCCUGGGAAAGAAAGCGCGAGAUGGAAUUGGAACUUGUUGGCAACACUAUGUGUGCAGCAGAUGGAUGUCUUUAUGUUAUCGGAGGAAAGUCAGGGCGUCAUUUGAACGCUCAAGUUUGGCAGUACAGCAUUGACAGCAACUCUUGGACAAUUGAUGGCGAGAUUAUGGCUUCCGUCGUCUUUGCAUCGUCUGUGUGUGUCAACAACAAAAUAUAUAUUUUUGGGGGGAAGCUUGAAGACAAUGCCCCCGCUGACUGCAUACAAGUCUACGACACAGAGACGAAAACAGGGACCAUAUUCGGCACAUUGCCAAAGCCGUGCAGCUGGUCUCGAGCCUUAGUUAGAGGAAUUACAGCGUACGUUGUUACAUCUGAUGGCAACGUGGUAAACGUUUCUUUGGAAACGGGCGAAUCUGCUGUAAUUGCGACUAUUCCAAACUUUAGACGUGUCAAUUUUGGCAUAAGUUUGCAAAGAAAUGAACUUUAUGUUUUUGGUGGGAAAGAAAAUGAUGAUGAUGAUGAUGAUACUGAUGAAGAAUUAGAAGCCACAGUGAAAACAAAUGCUUCUAUAAAAGGAGACUUUGUGGUCAAUACUGAAACAGGUGACAUAAAAGCAUCAAAAUGGUUGCAGAAGUCUGGAUAUACAGCAAAUUGUGAAGUUCUGGCCAGUGUUUCCGUUGUAUUAGAUCCAACCAAAUUACAACAGUUAACCAAAAAGACACUAAAAUGAACAGACGUAACGGUUGAACGUGAUAAUAUAAAAAAGACUUAUUGCAGUAUGUUGUUUUUUUCACAUAAAUUAUUCAUUGAUCUACAUCAUAAGCGUACCCUUUCUUCCUUUUUUGAUUUGUGUGAAUGGAAAAUGUUCAUGUUGACAGGUCAUCAGGAUAAAAGAUUUAGUUGUAAAAUAGUUUGAAUAGUACAGUUACAUGCAUUGAUGUUUACUGGUAACAGGAAUUCGGUAGAAGCAUGUGGUUUUGUAUGAAUACUUAUGACUUGCAGUAAAAUAUAUACUUUAGGUAUCCGGUCCACAAAUGAGCAAGUUCUAUAUAUAACAAUGCUUUUAAAAUAUAUCAAAUAUUGAUGCGUGGUAAGCUUAUAUGAUUUUUGUAUCAUUUGAAAGUGUAUUUUCUACUGAACCAGAAAAUAUGAAUUAGCUCUACAUGAUAAAAUAAAGUUAUAGAUUUUUUAUUUUUUAGCUCACCUGAGUACGAAGUGCUCAAGGUGUUCUUUUGUGAUCGCCCUGUGUCCGUCGUCCGUCGGCGUCCGUCGUCGUCCGUCGUCGUCAACAAUUUGACUGUUAACACUCUAGCAGUCACAAUGUAGGCGCAGUCUUAAUGAAACUUGGUCAGACUGUUACCCUCAAUAAAAUCUGGGACGAAUUCGAUAGUGGGUCAUCUGGGGUCAAAAACUAGGUCACCAGGUCAAAUCAAAGGAAAAGCUUGUUAAUACUCUAGAGGUCACAUUUUUGGCCCAAUCUUGAUGAAACUUGGUCAGAAUAUUACCCUCAAUAAAAUCUUGACCCAUUUUGAUAUUGGGUUAUCUGGGGUCAAAAACUAGGUCACCAGGUUAAAUCAAAGGAAAAGCUUGUUAUCACUCUAUAGGUCACAAUUUUGGCCCAAUCUUAAUGAAACUUGGUCAAAAUGUUACCCUUAAUAAAAUCUUGGAAAAGUUUGAUAUUGGGUCAUCUGAUUUCAAAAACUAGGUCACCAGGUCAAAUCAAAGGAAAAGCUUGUUAACACUGUAGAGGCCACAUUUAUGACUGUAUCUUCAUGAAACUUGGUCAGAAUGUUAAUAUUGAUGAUCUCAAGGUCCAGUUUGAAUCUGGGUCAUGUAGGAUCAAACACUAGGUUACCAGGUGAAAUCAAAGGAAAAGCUAGUUUCCACUGUAGAGGCCACAAUUAUGACCGUAUCUUAUUGAAACUUGGUCAGAAUGUUAAUCUUGAUGAUCUAUAGGUCAAGUUCAAAUCUGGGAUAGGUGGGGUCAAAAACUAGGUCACUAGGUCAGAUCAAAGGAAAAGCUUGUUGACACUCCAGAGGCCACAUUUAUGACUGUAUCUUCAUGAAACUUAGUCAGAAUGUUAAUCUUGAUGAUCUUUAGGUCAAGUUCGAAUCUGGGUCAUGUCGGGUUAAAAAUUAGGUCACUGGGUCAAAUCAAAGGAAAAGCUAGUUAACACUGUAGAGGCCACAUUUAUGACCAUAUCUUAAUAAAACUUGGUCAGAAUGUUACUCUUGAUGAUCUUUAAGUCAAUAGGUCAGGUGAGCGAUACAGGGCCUUCAUGGCCCUCUUGUUUACGUUAUAGUGCUCAGUGAUACUUCAACAGAAAUCCAUUUAUUACAGUAAGAUAUUAUCAUCUUAUAUACUUGUUCAGCAGUCACAACUCUUUCAAAUGAUACCAAAAACAUUGGGUCACCAGGCAUCGAACUAUCUAUUUGUGGAUCGGAUACUUUAAAAAAUAAACUGUUAAUUGAUGGCUGAAAGAAGAGGACAUACUGUGACAAUUUGUAAAUGAUUAUUUACAGACACAUGUUGCUUUGUUAAAUGAGUUAAAUUGUACAAUAUCCUACAAUCAUGUUAAUUGAUAACUGUGAUAAGGUAGACUUACUUAACGGCUUAUGGAAGAAAAGCUUUGUUUUGUAAAAUGACUUAAAUUAUAGAUGUCAACUGGUAACUGAAAUAGGGUAGGCUCAUGUGACAACGUGUAAAUAAUGACUUACAGAAACUUAUUUUUUUGCAAGAUAUGAAUUGGAAUAUGUAAAUUGAUCAUUAACAGUGUAGAAGCUUGGUGGCAAUUUUAUAAUUACAUUAUAUAAUUUCAUAAAACGCGUAGUCUUAAUGUAUAAAAUCAUGAACAUCACGACUUCACACAACUUUUCAAAACUUCAUGAAACAUGAAACUGUGAAAUAUGAAACCAAGAAGUGAAUGUCACAACUUCAUGAUUUUUCACAAAUUUCAUACAACAUGAAAUCGUGCAGUUUGAAAUCAUGAAAAUAAAAAUCAUUUAGAAUUA